CACGCAGUCUCUCAUCUUGUUUUGUAAUCUAAGACAGUCAACAUGUCUGGAUUUGCUCCGAAGUUCUGGAGGCCAGGAACGGAAGCUCCAGAAUCUAAAGUGAGAAUAGAGAGGCCAUACAGUCAAGAAAGUUAUGCUGACUCUAUAGCUUACAACCCAUACUUGUCAUUGUCAAUGCAACAACAGAGACAGAGACUGCCUGUAUUCAAGCAUCGAAAUCAUAUUCUGUAUUUACUUGAGAAACAUCAGACUGUUGUUAUAGUAGGGGAGACGGGCUGUGGCAAAAGCACACAGAUUCCACAGUAUUUGUAUGAGAGUGGAUGGACGAAUUCCCAGAAAAUUAUUGGGGUCACACAACCGAGAAGAGUUGCUACCACUACAGUUGCGGGUCGUGUCGCUGAAGAGAUGGGAUGCAUGUUAGGUCAAGAGGUUGGCUAUGUGAUUCGUUUCGAUGAUGUAUCAGAUCCAAAAAGGACAAAAGUCAAGUUUCUUACUGAUGGGUUGUUGGUACGAGAGAUGAUGGGCGAUCCAUUACUAAACAAAUACAGCGUUUUGAUGCUGGAUGAAGCACAUGAACGGUCCCUUUAUACGGAUAUUAUUACUGGUCUACUGAAGAAGAUUCUUAAGAAACGUCUUGAUCUAAAACUCAUUGUGUCAAGUGCCACUCUUGAUGCUGAGAUGUUCAGAGAUUUCUUUAAUCUCAACACAUCUGGUGACUCCAAGAAAGACACGGCAGCUAUUCUGACAGUCAAAGGUCGAAUGUUUCCUGUGGAUAUUUAUUACAGCUACUAUCCUGUUCCUGAUUACAUCAAGUCUACUGUAUCUACCAUAUGGGCGAUACAUCAAGAUGAGAGACCUGGUGAUAUUCUUGCAUUUCUUACUGGACAAGAAGAGGUGGAACGUGUUGUUGCUCUUGUCCUAGAAAGGGCAGAGACAUUGCCUGAUUCUGCUAAUCAGCUGAUGGUGCUUCCAAUGUAUGGUGGGUUACCAGCUUCUGAACAGCUUAAAGUGUUUGGAAGAACUCCAACUGAUGCUCGAAAAGUUGUUGUAGCAACCAACAUUGCUGAAGCAUCAAUCACAAUCAAUGGGAUUGUGUAUGUGAUUGACUGUGGGUUUGUCAAAGUAAGAGCCUACAAUCCAAACAAUGGAUUGGGUGAGUUGCAGAUCAGCUCGUUUGGUGUUGUUGCUUAUUGGUGUUUGUGUACAGAAUCUCUGGUUGUUACUCCUGUCUCACAGUCGUCUGCCACUCAGCGAUCUGGCAGGGCAGGACGAGUCAGAUCAGGCAAAUCUUUUCGACUCUACACAGAAAAGGAUUUUAAAAAGCUCCCUGUUGCUGCAGUACCAGAAAUGCAACGAAGCAAUUUGGCUACAGUGGUAUUACAGUUGAAAUCAAUGGGAAUUGACAACGUGUUGAGGUUCAGUUUUCUGUCUCCUCCACCAGCUAAGUCUAUGAUAAGAGCUCUGGAUCUCUUGUAUGCUCUGGGAGGACUGGAUGAUAAUGGGAGCUUAACUCAUCCACUUGGUCUCCAAAUGGCUGAAUUUCCACUUCAUCCAAUGUUUGCUAAAAUGCUGCUUACAUCAGGAGAGUUUGGGUGCUCAGACGAAGCAGUAACAAUAGCGGCCAUGCUGCAACUGGACAACAUCUUUCUACGUCCACCAAACAAGAAACGAGAAUCAGUGAGACAACAUAACAUCUCUUAUCAAACAGCAAAUAAGUCACUGCUUGUGUAUGCACAGGACCGAGCACGACUGGCAUUCUCUGUCUACGAGGGAGAUCACCUGACCAUGCUCAAUGUUUACAAGGCAUUUAUAAGUCACAAAAAAAGUGCUCGAUUUUGCCACAAGCAUUUUCUGAACUAUCGGGUAUUAUGCCGUGCUGUUGACAUCCGGGAGCAGUUGAUCAAAACAUUGCGACGUUUUAAAGUGAAAAUUAAACCAGUUGAAGAUGAUGAGUGUGAGCCUGUGCAGAGGUGUAUUGUAUCUGGAUUCUUUGCUAACGCUGCUCGCCUUCAUCCCAGCGGUACAUACAGGACAGUCCGAGACGAUCAUCCUUUAGAGAUCCAUCCCACAUCAGUUCUGUAUGGAGAGAAAUUGCCGCAAUGGGUGGUGUUCCACGAGGUUAUUCAGACAAACAAAGAUUACAUGAGAGACAUCACUGUGAUUGAACCGGAGUGGCUAUAUGAGCUAGCACCUCAUUAUUACGAGUUUGGAACGGCAGGAGAAUUGGCAGCAAAACGAGCCAAGACGACAUCUUGACAAGUAGUAAUCACUGUUGACCACAGUAACACAUCAGCCCUUGCUGUCUGUGACAGCUAACCAACUAAUCCUUUUUCUGUUCACCUGUGGUGAACCGA